AUGAUUAAGGAGGCGAAACUUAUGGCAGAAUACAACGACCCAAACAUCAUCAAGUUCUAUGGAAUUGCAUGUGAUAGACCUCCGCUGAUGAUUCUCAUGGAGUUAUGUUCCGGAGGAAGUUUAGACAAUUUGUUGCGGAAACGAGGAAAGGACAUCAGUGAUACGGAAAAAAGCAUAUAUUUAUAUGAAAUAUCUUGUGGCAUGCGGUACCUGCAUUCGAUGAAAUGUGUUCACCGGGAUCUAGCUGCGAGGAAUUGCUUGAUUUCCAGUAAUGGAGUUGUGAAAGUCGCCGAUUUUGGUUUGAGUGUCAUGCUGGAGAAAGGAAAAACCAUGUGUAAGACUAUAAUACAAGAAGCUCCUAUAAGAUGGUUUGCACCAGAAUGCUGUUACAAAAUACCCUCCUUUUCCAAAAAGACGGAUGUUUGGGCGUUUGGUACCGUUAUAUUUGAAGUGUUCAGUAAUGGAAGCAAACCUUUCAUUGGAGUGGAGGACUUGGAAAUAAUUAGAUCCAUAAGAAAAGCAGAAAUGCCGGCUCCACCAGAAGGAACGCCAAAAGAGAUUACCGCCUUACUCAAGCAAAUCUGGUAA